AGAACACCAGAUGGACAACGCUAGCCCUUCCUCCCUCCCGGAGUCCCCGUGUCGUGCCUCUCCCGGUAGCACGUUACUGCUGGGUAUGAAGAGGUUGUCUGUGCUGCUGGUGGACUACAGGAAAACAACGGGGCUGAGUGGAACUGUGAGAGGAGGAGAAGAGAAGAAAGGAUCAGAUUUGACACACCAAAGAGAAAGACCAGACACAGAGGAUCCAGAGCCAGGGACGUCCAAACCAGCAAGACGACAACAGUGCUCCCACUGUAGAAAGGGUUGGAACAGGUUAUGGGCCCUGAAACGACACGAGAAAAUACACACAGGGGAGAAGCCUUACCACUGCUCCCAAUGUGGAAAGAAUUUUAACAAAUUAGGGAACCUGAAACAACAUGAGAGAAUACACACAGAGGAGAAACCAUACCACUGCUCCAGGUGUGGAAAGUGUUUCAACCAGUCAGGGCAGCUGAAGCGACAUGAGAGAAUACACACAGGGGAGAAGCCUUACCACUGCUCCCAAUGUGGAAAGAAUUUUAACGUUUUAAUGACCCUGAAACGACAUGAGAUAAUACACACAGGGGAGAAACCUUACCACUGCUCCCAAUGUGGAAAUAGUUUUAACGUUUUAAGGAACCUGAAACGACAUGAGAUAAUACACACAGGGGAGAAACCAUACCACUGCUCCCAGUGUGGAAAGUGUUUCAACCAGUCAGGGCUUUUGAAGCGACAUGAGAGAAUACACACAGGAGAGAAGCCGUACCACUGCUCCAAGUGUGGAAAGAGUUUCAAACGGCCUUGUCAUCUGAAACAACAUGAGAGAAUACACACAGGGGAGAAGCCUUAUCACUGCUCCCAGGGUGCAAAGCGUUUGCCCAUUUCUGGAAGCCUGAAGGAACAGAUGAGACUGCAGACUGUGGGAAUAAAGUCCCUCAAAAUGUCACAGAAACUGUGGGAAAACAUAUUACUCAUCACAGUCACUUAA